GCGCGGGUUUGCGGCAGAGUGACGCAAGCAAGUUUUGGCGGGAAAAGCUCUGCAUUUGGGUUCCUGUGGUGGCGAGCAAAGGACAAUCUGCCGCGGUGCUCGGUGAAGUCAUGGCAGUACCCUUUGUGGAAGACUGGGACUUGGUGCAAACCCUGGGCGAAGGUGCCUAUGGCGAAGUUCAACUUGCUGUGAAUAGAAUAACUGAAGAAGCAGUUGCAGUGAAGAUUGUAGACAUGAAGCGUGCCAUAGACUGUCCAGAAAAUAUUAAGAAAGAAAUCUGCAUUAAUAAAAUGUUAAAUCAUGAGAAUGUUGUGAAAUUCUAUGGUCACAGGAGAGAAGGCAAUAUCCAGUAUCUGUUUCUGGAAUACUGUAGUGGGGGAGAGCUUUUUGAUAGAAUAGAGCCAGACAUAGGCAUGCCUGAACAAGAUGCUCAGAGGUUCUUCCAUCAACUCAUGGCAGGGGUGGUUUAUUUGCAUGGUAUUGGAAUAACUCACAGAGAUAUUAAGCCUGAAAAUCUCCUUUUGGAUGAAAGGGAUAACCUCAAAAUCUCUGACUUUGGCUUGGCCACAGUGUUUCGGCAUAAUAAUCGUGAGCGUUUAUUGAACAAGAUGUGUGGCACUUUACCUUAUGUUGCUCCAGAACUUCUGAAGAGAAAAGAAUUUCAUGCAGAACCAGUUGAUGUUUGGUCAUGUGGAAUUGUACUUACUGCAAUGUUGGCUGGAGAAUUGCCAUGGGAUCAGCCCAGUGACAGUUGUCAGGAAUAUUCUGAUUGGAAAGAAAAAAAAACAUAUCUCAAUCCUUGGAAAAAAAUUGAUUCUGCUCCUCUGGCUCUGCUUCAUAAAAUCCUGGUUGAGAAUCCAGCAGUAAGAAUUACUAUUCCAGACAUCAAAAAAGAUAGAUGGUACAACAAACCACUCAAGAAAGGGGCAAAGAGGCCCCGAGUCACUUCUGGUGGUUUGUCAGAGUCUCCUAGUGGAUUCUCUAAGCACAUUCACUCCAGUUUGGAUUUCUCUCCAAUAAGCAGUGCUUCUAGUGAAGAAAAUGUGAAGUACUCCAGUUCCCAGCCAGAACCUCGGACAGGUCUUUCCUUAUGGGACAGCAGUCCCUCAUACAUUGAUAAACUUGUACAAGGGAUCAGUUUUUCCCAGCCCACAUGUCCUGAUCAUAUGCUUCUGAAUAGUCAGUUACUUGGCACCCCGGGAUCCUCUCAGAACCCCUGGCAGCGCUUGGUCAAAAGAAUGACAAGAUUCUUUACCAAAUUGGAUGCAGACAAAUCUUACCAAUGCCUGAAAGAGACUUGUGAGAAAUUGGGCUAUCAAUGGAAGAAGAGUUGUAUGAAUCAGGUUACCGUAUCAACAACUGAUAGAAGAAACAAUAAACUGAUUUUCAAAGUAAAUUUGGUAGAAAUGGAUGAGAAGAUACUGGUUGACUUCCGGCUUUCUAAGGGUGAUGGAUUGGAGUUCAAGAGACACUUCCUGAAGAUUAAAGGGAAGCUGAGUGACGUUGUGAGCAGCCAGAAGGUUUGGCUUCCUGCUACAUGAUUGAUCCAUUAGCUCUGGGGAUUCCUGGUGAAUAUAGUGCUGCUAUGUUGACAUUAUUCUUCCUAGAGAAGAUUAUUGUAUUAUGCAAACUGCAAAUAAUAAUUCGUGAAGAGUUCUCUUCCUCUUUAUCUAAACAUCUUUUCAAUUCUUUGUAUGUUUUGCAUACAAACAAUACCUAUAUCUUAAUUGUAAGCAAUACUUUGUGGAAAGGGUGGGUCGAAUUCAUUUGAUAUUUCUUCAGCUGUGUUUAAUGUCUGAAUUUGAAACCCAUCUGGUGGAAACCAGGUUUUGUGAUAAUGAAUUUACCAGCUUUUAUGCCAACAUAUUGUCCAAUUUUUACCUGAACAUUUGUUUCACCCAAAAAGUACAUAUUUCCUCUGUGUUGAUUUAAUUAUAAGGAUGAAUUAGCAAAGACUUUUGGACAACAGAUUUAUCAGUCUGUGAAGUGAGGCCAGCUUCAAAAACUGUACCAACUUUUGUACCAUAUUUUCAAUUAUAGUAUAUGUGCUGCCAAAGUGAGCACUUUACUGCUAUCUCCAGAAGGGUCUGACCAGUUACAUAAAAGCUGUUUUUGAAUUAUAAUGAUUCAAAUUACAAGUAGGUAUUUUUUUUCUGUUGUAGCUAGUGAAAUAUAAAAUACUGGUUGAUCUUUCAACAAGUUGAGCAUAAACUGUAGUGCUUAACUAACUUUAUUCUAAAAAUGAU